UCUGAUCUCCAGCACUGACCAGCGAUGCUAUCAGCUAUGGAGGGCUCAGAGGGAGGAGAAGAGGAAAUCUUGCACUAUCAGGAAACAGAAGAUGACAGCGUCAGUCCCACUGACCUUUCGGAGCUGCUGAAGGGGGGGACUAAGGAAUCCCACGACCGUGCGGAGAACACUCAGUUUGUCAAAGACUUCCUGAAAGGACGGAUCAAGAAGGAGCUCUUCAAGCUGGCCACUGUGGCACUUUACUUCACGUACUCUGCUCUGGAAGAGGAAAUGGAUCGCAACAAGGACAGCCCAGUCUUUGCUCCGCUUUAUUUCCCCCUAGAGCUUCACCGGAGAGAGGCGUUGGCCAAAGACCUGAAAUAUUUCUAUGGAGAAGACUGGAAAGAGAAGAUCCAGUGUUCAGAGGCAACUCAGCACUAUGUGGACAGAAUCCAUCAUGUGGGACAGCACGAGCCAGAGCUGCUGGUGGCUCAUGCUUACACACGCUAUAUGGGGGACCUCUCAGGCGGCCAAGUGCUGAAGAAGGUAGCCCAGAGGGCUCUGAAGUUGCCCAGUACUGAGGAAGGGAUCCAAUUCUACGUGUUUGAUAAUGUUUCCAAUGCACAGCAGUUCAAGCAGCUCUACAGAGCAAGGAUGAAUGCUCUGGACUUAGACAAGAUCACCAAGGAAAAGAUCGUGGAAGAGGCCAACCGAGCCUUCAGAUUCAACAUGCAGGUGUUCGAUGAACUGGACAAGAUUGGCAGGUCGCUGACAGAAGAAGCCCAGGAUGGAGGCUUUCCAGUCCACGAUGGAAAAGGAGACUUACGCAAAUGCCCUUACUACGCAGACAAAUUAGGCACAGUGGGACCCGGCUGCCCCUAUCACGCUGGUGUGGCCCUGGCAAAGCAGCCCCUGGUGCAGCUGAUCCUGGCAGCCUGUGUGGCUGUGGCAGCAGGAGUUGCGGCAUGGUACAUCAUGUGA